AUGAGAAACAGUGAAGCAGCUGCAGGACGGCCGCAGCCCGGACAACGGAUGCUUUUUACAGGCCCAGGUGGAAUCGGAGACUACAGGCCAAGAUCGAGUUAUCCCCCCCGAUCCGUGGGUGCGGGCGUCUCAUCCCCAGAUGCCACAACCGCAGGUGACCUCGGCUAUUUGUGCCGGGCUGCACCGGAUGCCCCUCCCCCCAUGCCCAGGCAGGGCUACGUGGGGGAGGUGGGCUGGGGCUGGCAGCACAACCAGCUGUUGAACAGUGGGGCGCUGCUCAGCAACAUGCAAAUCAAGAAAACUGAGCUGCGGACAGCGUUGGAGGACAGAGUGAGUCACAGGUUCCAGAGCGACCAGUAA